AUGUCACGCUCCUUCUAUGUCGACUCCUUAAUCAUCAAAGACUCCUCGAGGCCGGCUCCGUCCCUUCCUGAGCAUCAUCACGGCCAGGACUUCUUCAUCCCUCUCAGCAUGCCUUCCCCCCUCGUCAUGUCGGUGUCGGGCCCGGGCUGCCCGUCCCGAAAGAGCGGCGCCUUCUGCGUCUGCCCGCUCUGUGUCACCUCGCACCUGCACUCCUCCCGCGGCGGCAGCGCCGGCGGGGCCAUCCCUCUGCUCAAGAGCCAGUUCCCCACGGCUGCAGGCGAGGCCCAGUGCUGCCCGCGGAGCGGCCACGCUCACCACCCGCCGCAGCACCCGCCGCCCGCAGCCUCGGUGCCCGCCGCCGCCGCCCUGGGACACCCUGCGCAUCACCCACCUGCCUGCGGCGCCACCUCCUACAGCGUCAGCGACCCCCGGAGGUUUCACUGCCUCGGCAUGGGAGGGUCCGAAUCCAGCCAAAUUCAAAAUGGGAAACGGAUGAGGACUGCUUUUACCAGCACCCAGCUCCUGGAGCUGGAGAGGGAAUUCUCCUCUAACAUGUACCUGUCCCGGCUGCGGAGGAUCGAGAUAGCCACGUACCUGAACCUGUCCGAGAAGCAAGUGAAAAUCUGGUUCCAAAACAGGAGGGUGAAGCACAAGAAAGAAGGCAAAGGCACCCAGCGAAACUCGCACGGAGGCUGCAAGUGCAGCACCAGCCAGGGCCAUUACCCCCGCUCGGAGGAUGAAGAGUCUCUAUCCCCCUCAUCGGCUACCGAGGAUAAAGAGAUCUCCCCGUUAUGAGCCCGGCUCGGAGCUCGGCUCCCGCCGCUGGAGCGAGGUGGCGGCACGGCGGCACACCUGGCACCGCUGCCCACGGACCGCUGACCUGCAGC